AACAAAACUCGGCAUUUGAUUCAUCGUUUAACGCUUGAGGUUUUGCUGUGUCAACACACUUUUGAAGUUAAAAUUGGUGUCUAAUUCGGGAUCACUAUUCAACGAUCUUAUAAAGUAGCUUGAAAUGAAGAUUUUCUCGAAUCCAGCGCUGAUUCUGGGUCUGUUUGUAUGGAUACCUGUUACGUAUUCGUUGUCUACAGAUGCACCUGAGGAUCAAGACACAUCAGGAGAUGAUGAGGAGUUCUCAGGGUCAGGUUUGGCAGAAUAUGAUAUCAAAGCCACAGAACCUGCCUGGAUUACGGAUGCCCCGGUGACGCUUUCAGAACAGACCACCAAAAUACAGAUAAUCACGAUAGCUCCACAUGCCCCCUCCACUGUUUCUCAACCCAUGCUGACAACUACCCAACAAGUUAUUCCUGAAGAUGAUGCUUGGCAGGAAAAAACAACAACUGUUAGUCUUAUGGCUGCAGAAGAGACCACCAGUGAAACAACGGUUUCAAUUGUCAAAGAAGAUAACAGACCCACGGUUUCAAUCAAAGUCAGUGACAAAACAACUAGUGUUCCUCAUAUGGAGACAACACUUGUGCAGAAAACAAUUGUAGCUGAUGUGGUAAAUCCUGAACGUGAAGUUUCGGGUGAUGGUGCAAUGUCCACCACUGUUCUGACCACUACAGAGGGCCGAGAGCUCAUUCCUCCCAGUUUUGAAGACAACUACAUUACAGAAGUCAUGACAAAAGAUGAUCAUUCUGAGUUGGAUUCUGACUUUCACUUUGACAAUGAAAUUAUUCCCAGAAGAAUAGAUCCUGUGAAUGAUGAUGGAAUAGCACAAGGUGCCACACAGAAUGAGAGCUUACUAGAAAGGAAGGAAGUUCUCGCAGGUAUUAUAGCUGGUGGUGUGGUGGGUCUGAUUUUUGCCAUCAUGCUGGUGGCCCUUAUGAUCUAUAGGAUGAAGAAAAAGGACGAGGGCAGCUAUGAAUUAGAAGAGCACAAGCAUCCUAAAGGCUAUCAGAAACCUCACAAACAAGUGGAGUUUUUUGCAUAAAAGACUCUUUAUUACCGACUGUCCUGGCUCUCAUUCUAUUGCAAACACUAAACUUGAGAUGCAUUAGCUUUGUUACCCAUCCUUUUUUAAAAAUCUAUUUCAUGUCCAUUUUGGACUAUCGACCAAGGGUUUGUUUGGGUUUGUUGACCAUCUGGCCCAAAUUUGAAAACUCCUCUGCUUUUAUUUUACAUGACCGACCCCAAUGUUUGUGCCAUUGUGACAGUGGGUAAAUGUUCCCUCAGUUCCUGUAACUCUUUUACUGCCUUGAGUAACUGAGAUGGCUGCCAAAGAGACUGAAAAUUGAGGUUGCGCUUGUUUCUUUGUGGCAAGAUUGAGAAUUAAAAUAACGUUUACUUUUUGCGUAGCAUUAAAUUAUGACCAGCCCUCUUGCUGAUUUAAUUUAGGCUUUAUAUGGUCUUUUUUUUUUUUGUGCUCAGUAAAAAAAAUAUUAUAAUAAUAAUGGUAAUAAGAAGUUUUGCUAGUGAUGCCCACAAUGGUUACUUCUAAAUGUGCAUUUCAGCCUCAAGCUCUAAUCUUUUUUUUUUUUUUUUUUUUUUUGUCAUAUUGAAAUUUAUUUUCAGUGUUUCUAAUUUGGAACCAAGAAAAAUAAUCAUUUUUUAGGGUUCUUAAAAUGAGUGUGGUGCACGCUUUAUUACCUCAAUUUGUAUUUUUUUUUUUUUAAAUACCCAGCUUCCUUGAAAUGGGCUAUAAUGUCAUUGUUAAAGUAUUUUUGUUUUUCACCUGUUAGUAGUAAAAAAAAAUUAUAUAUAUAUAUAUUUUUUUUUUUUUGUAUGAGUGCUUCGGGUAUAUGAUUCUUAAAGGAAUGGUUAACCCAAAAAUGAAAAUGAUCUUAUCAUUUAUCACUUACCCUCAUGCCACUCCUGAUGUGUAGAAAACUAUUGAACACAAGUUUUUUAGAAGAAUAUCUCAGCUCUGUAGGUCCAUACAAUGCAAGUCAACAUAAUCCUGUACUUUGAAGUUAAAGAAAAGCACAAAGGCAGCAUAAAAAUUCUCAAUAUGACUCCAGAGGUUAAAACCUGGUCUUCAAAAGCAAUAUGAUGGUGUGGAUGAGAAACCGAUCAAUAUGCAAGUUCUUUUUAUUAUAAAUAGAUGGAGCCUUAUAGAUUACUUUGAAGCUCAAAAAGUAUAUGAAGGCAGCAUAAAAGUUUUGGACCCUGUUCACUUGCAUUGUAUGGACCUAUAGAGCUGAGAUAAUCUUCUAAAAAUCAUCACUUGUGUUCAGCAGAAGAAAGAAAGUCAUACACAUCUGGGAUGGCAUGAGGGUGAGUACAUAAUGAGACCGUUUUAAUUUUUGGGGUGAACUAUUCCUUUUAGACUAGAUGCAAUCUAUGUUUUUAAAUGAUUAAAUAAUAGGUAGCUGAGAAGAAAUGCCUUUUUUCAGUUUAUGUUUAGCACCAAAAUACUGCUGUUGUGUAAAGGUGUUGUUGUUGUUUUUUUUUUGUUUUUUUUUUUGUAUCUACCCUCAGUUAUUUCCAUUAUUUCUGUUAAUUCUUUUAAUUAUUUGAGUAGAAGUUGUGGAUCUUUAGAUUUCUUUAAAUGGCUUUGAAUGGGCUAAAUUCUAUUUCCAUAGUUGUAAACACUUGUGCCUUCAGUUUGUCUUUGCUGGAACCUGAACAGUCUCAUUUGUUGCUGCUGUACACAUGACAAGCUGGCCACUUUUGUUGAACAAAUCUAUUUAUUAUCUGGAUGUUUAAUUAAAACAAAGCCUCUCCAAUGUUUACAUACUAGUUACUCUAUCUCAAAAAUCACUAAAUAUUGUAGAUCUUAUAGCAUUGGAUGAUGUUGCAACAUGAUCACAUGGGAAGUUAGCAUAUUGUUUCCAAGAGAUCCAUUAACCUUGGCUCAAAUGCAUUAUGUUGACUUACUGACAAGCGGCAACUCCUAUCAGUAAUUUUAGCAUCGACUCAUGCAUGUUUACCUUCCCCUGUGGCAUGACAGGAAGUGCAUUGCUUCAGCAGCAUGGGAGACCCAACACCAACACUUACGGCUUUGACCACUUAGACCCAGUGUUUUGAAUUUCAUGUAAGCAAUGACCAAUUUUAGCUACAGAAAACAAUAAGGUUUUUAUAAAAAUAACCCUGUUUCCGUGAAAGGAGGGAAUCAAACACUGCAUCACUUUAGCUGACUCUAGGAGUUAUCUCCACAGGUGUAACCAUUCUCAGAAACUCUUAAAAAUCUCGUCAAUUUUAAUUAGCAGAAAAUGCUCUUUGCUCCACCUCCGCGUGCGUCAUCAGGCGUAUAUACGCCGAUGCACAGUGCUAUCUCUUUAGAAUGUUCGACUAAAAGGUACAGAGUGAUACUCGGCCCUUGUAGUGCGGCCAGCUUACGCAGUGUUUCAUUCCCUCCUUUCAGGGAACCAGGGUAACAGUCGUAACCUUAUCGUUCCCUUUCAAGUUAGUCAUUUCAGUGCUGCGUCAUAUUAGCUGAUGCUAGAGGAAUGUAUACCAUCAAGCCAUGCUACUGAUUUGCAUGUGCAAUGAUGCCAUAGUUUCAACACAGAGGAACAGUGGCUCUACUCCAAGCCUCUCCUGGAUGUCUAAGCUCCACACCCUAUCUCUUAGGGUGAGCCCAUCCACCCUGUGAAGAAAGCUCAUUUUGGCAGCUUGUAUUUGCUAUCUUAUUCUUUCGGUCACUACCCAAAGCUCAUGACCAUAGGUGAAGAAAGGAACAUAGAUCGAGUGGUAAAUGGAAAGCUUUGCCCACAGACUUCGCUCCCUCUUCUCCACCACUGUCCAGUACAAGGACUACAUUACUGCUGCCGCUGCACUGAUACACCUAUCGAUCUCAUGCUCCAGUUUACCAUCACUUGAACAAGACCCUGAAAUACUUAAACUCCUCCACAUGAGGAAGCAACUCACUCCCUAUCCGGAGGGGACAAUCCACCCUUUUCCGACAGAGAACCAUGGCCUCAGAUUCAUGGGCUAGGUGGUAGAGUGGGUUGGCCACUAAUCGCAGGGUUGGUGGUUCGAUUCCCGGCCCACAUGACUCCACAUGCCGAAGUGUCCUUGGGCAAGACACUGAACCCCAAGUUGCUCCCAAUGGCAGGCUAGCGCCUUGCAUGGCAGCUCUGCCUUCAUUGCGUCUCAUUCACCCAUUCACACACCAAUGUAAAUCACUUUGAAUACCACUAUGGUUAAAAAGGCGCUAUAUAAGUGCAGACCAUUUACCAUCCUGAGGUGCUGACUUCCAUCCAAACUGCUUCCCAUUUAACCCAUACUGUAAUUAACCAACCAUUAUUUACAAAACAACCAUUUUGGUUAAGGGCUUCAAUUUUUGAAAUCUGUGCCAUGUGGAAAAGGAUAGACCUGUUUGGAUGCUGAUGUUUCUGUAAUAGAAGGACUGCAUUUUGUGCAAUUGAGUUUUAGUGAUUCAUAGUGACUAAACACACCUGCAACAAGUUCAAACCUUUACAUUACAACUACUGGAGGAAGUUGCAACAUGACGUAUGUUGUUUGAUUUAGCCAACUCACUGCUCUAAACUAUCUAAAGAUUAUUGCCUUCAAAGGAAAGACCAACUGCACACAGUUGUAAACAUAAGAAAAUGUACUGUUGAUGUUAUUGAAAGUUCAUUUUUAUUCAUCUUUAAAAGUGAAACUAUCAAAUACAAUGAAGGAAAUAAAAUGUACAGUAGAGGGAAAAAUUAAGCAAACGUUACAAAAAUACAUAAUAGCAUUUAAUCACAUGUUUUUUUCACUGAUUAUCUGUAAGUGGUCUAUAAAUGGUUAUCUGAAAUGAUCUACACUCACUUCUAUUAUAUAUGGAGAUAAUGCCUCUUAAGCACUCAAAACAAGAAAGAAGGAACAUAACUCUUCACGAUGACGUCAUGUUUCAAGAGCCCGUCCCUAUUUAGUAUUACUAGUUCUUUCUGUUGAAAAUCACUCCACUUACGUAAAUGACAAGAAUGUACUUGAUGGUGGCGCUGCAAAGAGUUAGCUAAUGUGUCGAAUGAUUCAAUCAACAGUCUGGCAAGCUGAAGCUCGUCCAAGUACAGUCAGACACCAAACCCCUCCCUCUCCAUUGUUUAAAUACUUCUUACUCAAGUGUGACUAAUUUAGACCCAGGCACCAUGAUGAGUAAGCGAUGUGUACUAAGAGAGUUGCUCAACUCCAAAAUCAACUGUUCAAGUACACAGAUGACAAAUUCAGCCCAUUGUAAAUCUCUUUAAAACAGUUCACUCAAAAUAUUAUAGUGAAUUUUUUAGUUUUUUUUAGGUUUAUAGUGUUAUGUCAAUUUAUGUAAUUGGCACACAUCUUGUCUUUUAUGUAAAAAGUUAUAGAACAUUUCCACCGUAUUUUUCACCAGGAAAAAUAAAAUUGUCUAGCUCAUUAAACAUGUUGAUUGCGGGGCAUUUUGUCAUGUCUAUGGGGUAUAUUAUCACUAGGCUAAAAAAUGUAAUAUAAUCUGCACUUAAACUGGGAAAUGCAGAUUCUCUGAUUUACUAAAUCAUAUUAUGUGUGAUAUACACAACAAAAUAGUUUUUCACUUAUCAUUUUUUUCCUUUUAGAUUAAUGUUAUUCUCAAAAAUAUGCACUCUACUAGAUUACAUUAUGUAGGGUGAAUGAUAUCCAAUCAAAUCUGUUCAACAACAGCACAAAAAAUAUUUUUGCUUUUUUAGAGAAUUGUUUUAAGGUUAUUCCAUUCAGUCUACUGAAAUGUUUUAAAUGGAAGCUCACUUAAUACAUUUGUGUUGGGACUACAUAAAUACUUUUUGUUGACAACUUAAACUGGGCAGGCAAUUUGUAGGUCCCAGCAUGCUUUGCUAAAAUUAUGAAAUUAAGUGUUAUUUUAUGUAUUUUUAAGCAAGAAAAGUGGGAGGCAUAAUAGUAUAUGUAGAAUUAAUGUCUAAUUUUAUUUAAUGAAUUGUAUAAAAUUGCAACAUUUAGUGUAACUUGCCUCAACCGGACAUUCUUGAAAAAUACCCUUUUCCACAGUUCAACCUUGACCUUUAUUAUAUAGUUGUUCCUUGCCUUCAUUUAUGCCAGUGUGGAUUUAUUGUGUUGCCUGUUCCUUUACCUAAGAGCACUUACAAAAAAUGCUGAUUUUGGAAUUUUAGUUUGAAGGAUAGAACAAAAAUAAAUCAUAAUAAUAGUUCUGGACAAGGUGUGUGAAUCUACAUACGAAACCUCUGCUAGAGAAGACAAGACUUUGUGGGAUUUUGCGACUAGUUCACCCAAAAAUGAAAAUUCUCUCAUCAUGUACUCACCUUCAUGCCGUCCCAGAUGGGUAUGACUUUCUUUUUUUCUGCAGACCACAAAUUAAGAUUUUUAGAAGAAUAUCUCCAUACAAUACAAGUGAAUGGGUGCCAACAUUUUGAAGUUACAAAAAUCACUUAAAGGCAGCACAAAAGUAUGACUGCAGUGGUUAAAUCCAUAUAUCCAUAAGGGAUAUGAAAGGUAUGGGUGAGAAACAGAUCAAUAUUUGUCAAUUUUUGCUAGAAAUUCUUCUUCCUGCAUGAAAAAUGUGAAUCGCAAAAAACACAUGAAGAAUGUGAAAGUUAAAGUGCCGCCUGAUUGAGCAGAGAGGAGAAUUUAUCAUAAAAACAUUUAUUUUUCAUUUGGACAGUCUUGUACAUUGUAUUAAAAUUUCUUAAUCGUUAACGUACUACUUGUUAGAAAUAAUAUUUUAUCUAUUUGAUAAUUUCAUUUCAUUUUUCAAUCCAAGCGAAAUUAUAGCCUCUAUUUAUAGUUCAACAUACAGUACAAGCAUUUGUUUUAAGGUCAUUCUUUGGAUUCAGUAAUAAGUUUACUUAUUUAAAAAAAAAAAAUAAUGGAAAUGAUUCUACACAAUACUGAUUAUAAAAUAAACAUCUACCUACUGCUCUUGUGUUCCUUAUAACAACUAAUAUAACAUUUAUGACAUUUUUUUAUGUGACUUAAGUUACAAGUUGUGUGUAUGUGGUUUCAUUAUUUUGGUGAAAAUUUGAAAUUCAGAUUUUGAAC